AUGGCCUCCCGAAUCCUUCAGCAGGAGUCUUCCUCCCACCGGAUCCCCCUCGGCCUCUUUCCGAACGGGAACGGGGGACCCACCGCCUCCUCUCCCUCCGGUACCAGCCUGGCAACGGAUAACAUCAACAAUCUUUUUUACUUGGCCAAGAUCCAGGGCCACCCCGCCCACCGCCCACCGCCCCGGGAUUGGAGGAACCGUCCCAAGACCCCGCCCCCUUGUCCCCCCCGCCCACCGCCUGGGAUUUGGAGGAACCGCCCCGAGGCCCCUCCCCUUCCCCCGGAGCCCCGCCCACCGCCCUGGGAUGGGAGGAGCCCGCCCCCAGGCCCCGCCCCUUUCCCCCCAUCCUCGCCCACCACCCUGGGAUUGGAGGAGGCCGGACCCCAGGCCCCGCCCCUUUUCUCCGGAGCCCCGCCCACCGCCCGGGGUUGGACAGCCCCCAAGGCCCCGCCCUAUCCCCGAAGCCCCGCCCACAGCCCUGAGAUCGGAGGGAUCCGCCCCCAAGCCCUGGGAGGAGAGGAACCCGACCCUAAGGCCCCGCCCCCUUUCCCCGAAGCCCCGCCCACCGACCCGGGAUUGGAGGGGCCCGGCCCCCAGGCUCCUCCCCCUUUCCCCGGAGCCCCGCCCACCGCCCCGGGCCCCGCCCACCGGGCCGGGAUUGGCCGCCCCCUCCCCGGGCCCCGCCCCCUCCGGGCUCCGAUUGGCGGGUGGUCGUGUCGGCCUGGGCUGUCGGGGCUGCGAGCGGCGGCCGGCGGACGGACCAUGGACGGCGCGGGCGCACGGACGCGGGACCCGGCGGCCCCUCCGCCGGCGGCCCCUCCGCCGCCGCCCCCUCCGCCGUCCCCAGCGGCCCCUCCGCCGCCCCCGCUGCUGCUCCUCGGGCUGCUGGUGCUGGGGCCCGGACGGCCCGGGGCGGCCGACCACGAUUCCAAGGACUCCCGGGCUGAGCUGGACUGGACCGCAUUCCCACCUAAUGGGUGGGAGGAGAUCAGCGGGGUGGACGAGCAUCUACGCCCCGUCCGGACCUACCAAGUGUGCAACGUGUUGGAGCCCAACCAGAACAACUGGCUGCAGACGGGCUGGAUAGGACGACAGCAAGGCCAGCGCAUCUUCAUCGAGCUCAAGUUCACCCUGCGCGACUGCAACAGCAUCCCGGGCGUGGCGGGCACCUGCAAGGAGACCUUCAACCUGUACUACGCCGAGGCGGAGGCGGAUCUGGGGCCCGGCCUGCGGGAGGGCCGCCACCGCAAGGUGGACACCAUCGCGGCCGACGAGAGCUUCACGCAGGGCGACCUGGGCGAGCGCAAGAUGAAACUCAACACGGAGGUCAGGGAGAUCGGGCCCCUGACCCGCAGCGGUUUCCACCUGGGCUUCCAGGACGUGGGCGCCUGCGUGGCCCUGGUCUCCGUCCGGGUCUACUACAAGCGCUGCCCGGCCACCGUGCGGAACCUGGCCGCCUUCCCGGGCACCGUGGCCGAGGCCGCCUUCGCCACGCUGGUGGAAGUCCUGGGGACCUGCGUGGCCCACGCCCAGGGCGAGCCGGACAGCCCUCCCCGCAUGCACUGCAGCGCCGAGGGAGAGUGGCUCGUGCCCGUGGGGAGGUGCAGCUGCGGGGCCGGCUUCCAGGAGCAGGAGGACGUCUGUGAAGCCUGCCCCUCGGGGUUUUACAAGUUCUCCCCGCGUUGGCCUCUCUGCUCCCCCUGCCCGGAGCACAGCUUCACCGUGACCGACGCCUCCGCCCUCUGUGCCUGCCAGGAAGGCUACACCCGCUCGGCCGCGGACCCCCCGACGGCCGCCUGCACCCGCCCGCCGUCGGCGCCCCGGGACCUGAGCUACCGCCUGAAGCAGACGUCCCUGCUGCUGCACUGGAGCCCCCCGGCCGACUCGGGGGGUCGCUCGGACGUGACCUACACCGUGCUGUGCCGCCUCUGCCCCCGGGGCCCGGGGGGGCCGGAGGGGGGCCCGGGGCCGGCGGGUCCCGGGUGCGAGCCGUGCGGGCCCGGGGUGGGCUUCGUGCCCCAGCAGACGGGGCUGGUGUCGCCGAGGGCCACGCUGCUGAACCUGCGGCCCCGGACCACCUACACCGUGCGCGUGGCCGCCCGCAACGGCGUCUCGGGCCCCCGGACCGACGACCAGCGCUACGCCGAGCUCACCGUGGCCACCGGGCAGGGGGCCCCCCCCACCCCGGAGCCCGAGAUUCGUCCAGAAAGGGUCGAGCAGACGAGGAUCUCGUUGUCCUGGCAGGAGCCCGACGCCCCCGGCCCCAACAACACCGAGUAUGAGGUCAACUUCUACGAGAAGGCCCGGAGAGGUCGGAGUCCCUCGACGGUGAGGACGGCCACUCCAGCCGUGACGGUCACCAACCUGAAGCCGGGGACCCUGUACAUCUUCCAAGUCCGCUCCUGCUCCCCAGGGGCCGGGGACUUCAGCCUCAGCAUCGAGGUGGAGACCCUGGGCGAAGCGGCCAUGAUGUCCAGUGAGCAGAAUCCUCUCGUCAUCAUCGUGGUCGUGGCUAUUGCUGUCCUGAUCGUGCUGGUCUCCAUGGUGAUUGGGGUAAUGGUCUGGAGAAGGCAAUGUGGCUACAGCAAGGCCAGCCAGGACGGGGACGAGGAACUGUAUUUCCACUUUAAGAUCCCGACUCGGCGCACCUACGUGGACCCCGAAAGCUGCGAGGACCCCCUUCAGGCCGUGCACCUGUUCGCCAAGGAACUGGACAAUUCGAGCAUCAAAAUCGAGAGGGUCAUCGGGACAGGAGAGUUCGGCCAGCUGUGCCGGGGCUGCCUCCGGUUGCCCAGCAAACGGGAGCUGCCCGUGGCCAUCCAGACCCUGCGGGCCAGCUGUUCGGACAAGCAGAAGCGCAACUUCCUGGUGGAGGCCAGCGUCCUGGGCCAGUUUGACCACGCCAACAUCGUCCGUCUGGAAGGAGUCAUCACACGAGGUAGCACUCUGAUGACAGUCACCGAAUUCAUGGGGAACGGGGCCCUGGACGCCUUCCUCCGGAAGCACGAGGGGCAGCUGAGCUCCGGAGAACUCAUGGGGUUGCUCCCGGGAGUGGCUUCGGGGAUGCAGUACCUGUCGGAGAUGGGCUACGUGCACCGCGGCCUGGCCGCCCGCUGCGUCCUCCUCAGCUACAGCCUCGUCUGCAAGAUCUCGGGUUUCCGGCGGAACCUGGAUGACAAGGCAGAGACCGUCUUCAGCACCCUGAGCGGGAGGAGCCCAGCACUGUGGGCGGCUCCCGAAGCCGUCCAGCUUGGCCACUUCAGCUCGGCCAGUGACGUCUGGAGCUUUGGCGUCGUUAUGUGGGAAGUGAUGUCGUUUGGCGAGCGGCCAUACUGGGACAUGUCCAGCCAGGAUGUGGUCAAGGCCAUCGAAGACGGGUUUCGGCUCCCGGCCCCCAGGACCUGCCCCAGCCCCCUGCACGAGCUCAUGUUGGACUGUUGGCAACGGGAUCCCAAUGAGAGGCCCAAGUUCUUGCAGAUCUACACUCUCCUGAGCAAGAUGAUGAAGAUCCCGGAUCCCCCGACGAGCACCGCCGCCCCCGGCCCCAGGCCCCAUGCAUCAGGCUCUCCUGCCCCGAGGGCUCCCGGCCCCUCUCUGUCUCUGGCCGACCACCCCUUCUCGGCCUUCCCCUGCUUCAGCUCUGUGGGCGAGUGGUUGGAGGCCAUCGAGCUGGAACGAUACAAGGACAACUUUGCAGCAGCUGGUUACUGCUCCUUGGAGUUUGUGGCUCGCCUCACCGUCCAGGACGUGGCCAACCUGGGUAUCACCACCGUGGAGCAUCGGCGACAACUUCUGGCGGGGAUCCAGGCUCUGCGGGCCCAGAUGAUGCACAUUCACGGUCGGGGGGUGCAGGUGUGAGUCUCCCCAGGAUAGACAGGCCUGCCAGACCCCCCGGCCCCUCGUCACCAGGAGCCCCAGGGCCGCACCUGCCCCCAAAGCAUGGCCUUCCUGACAGUGAUGGAGAACUUGGGGCAGACCAGAUUCCUCCUUGCUCCCUUGCUUGGGCAGCUGGGUUUGACUGUCCCCUCCCCACCGCUGGUCAAGGUUGAUUAUGACUAAGGGCCCCAUGUUACCGGUGGACCUCUUCUUCCCCUUCCCCUCCCCGUCCUUUGGUCACACAGGGUGGACUCUCUCUUCGGACUGACCUGGAGGUUGCUGAGGCCUAAGCGGCCUCAACUCGUUACAGGGUGUAAAUCUAACUCACUGCCUCCCACAAACCAUUGCUCCUCCUGUGCCCUCCCCAAGCCCCUUCUGACAGCUUCCGCCCUUCUGGCUUUGACCCCUGCGCAUGGGCAGAUUUCCUCUCCUAAGGUUUGUCCUCUUCCCUCCAUGGCCUGUGGGCUGACGUAGUCAGGUGGCUCAGGAGGGAGAGGAAAACGAGCCUGCCGGGGGAGUAGAUGAAAAGAACAAGAUGGACCGGGCCGACUUUGGCGGAUUCCCUCCCUCUACCAAACUUUGAGCUCCCCUAAGGGGACCUGGAGUGUCAUAGGGCAGGGUGGAAGGGCAACUCCUUCCUUUUUGCCCUGUUUCCUGCCCUUCCUGUCUUCUCCCUGCUCUCUAGACCUUCCCUCACUGUUCCACCCCCCACCCCAAUCUUCCUGGUACCUGGAAACCCUUGCCCAUCCCCAGGACUCUCUGCCGGACUUUGUUCCUUGUCCAUGGUCUUCCCAGAGAGGUGAGUGAAACAGGGAAG